UAUAUUCGAUACAUUUCGCAGACAUUUUAUUUAAUUACGUUAGAUAAAUAACAGGCAAAUAUGACGAGUGGCGUUAAAUCUAGUUGGAGAAGUACUGCUUCUGCUUUGUGCGUUCUAGCAGCAAUCGGAAUUACUUUUGGAUUUUUAUAUGUAAUGGAAUAUUUGACACUGUCCGGUAAGAACACUUGUACGCAGACGCAAGGACAGCGUGAAACCUUUAAGUGCUUGGCGAAGCUAGCAGAAGAUCUAACGACUUCCGUAACUGACGUCAAUCGAGUGCGUGAGCCAAUAAAUGAGACGCAACAGACGCAAAUCUGCAGAUCUUGGUCAAAUUAUUUUGAUUGUAAUCGGGAUAUUCGUGAGAAGUGUGGAAAGAUUUACAAUUCCGAAUUUCGGUUCACGAACAUUUCAUCAAGAAUUUCAUUUUGUUCUUUCAAUACAACUGAAAUAGGGGUGACGUUAUGAUGUGAUUGACAAGCGCCAACUUCCAGCGAGAAGUGAUCUAUUGUUAAGUCAGUAUGUCCAAACGUCUAACUUGACGAAAACUGUUGCCGUACCGGGACAUAAUGAGAAAAUUAAAAUUAACGAGGAUGGCAUUUGAUAAUGAAAACGUGGCUUGACGUCAUUUGUGGACUUGGCAUUGAGUAUACAUGUACGUCAUGCCAUCUGUUCAAUAUAACUCGUCUGUCAUGCUGUCAUUCAAUCACCUGGAAGAUAUUAAGCACCACCGGUUAUAUUUACGUGGUUUGAGAUAUUCAAUCGGGGCACGGGCAAAGUAAAACUGUAGUUAGAUUAACAACAAUUUAAUAGUAAAUCGAUUUCUGUAUCCACCUUUGCCUAGUCUUGUAGCUAUUGAUAUAUGCUAUGUUUGUAAUACGAUAUGAAUUGGCUACGCGUGAUAGACGCUGUUUUCCAUCGAAUCUUGCUCGAUUAAGGAUGAGAAGAAUUUAAAUUUGGUCUCUGAAAUAAAAUAAAUUGAAAUCUAUGUAAAACCGGCAAUAUAUUUUUAGGUUAAACAACAACCAUUCCACUGCGAAAAUGUUAAUUAAUUUAUUUCCGAAUUAAUAUUUAAUUAAUUACCAAUCGACGUAGAACAUAAUACUUUUAAAUGCGUUCAUAUUUCGGUAUCUUGAAAAUAUUGAACAUAAAUAUCUGACCAUGUUUUUGUUUCGUUGUCGCGUUUUGUCGGCAAAUAGUAAUGUUUUCCAUUUUGUGAUAUGUCUUAUAUUAGAAAUACUUCAUAAUUCUGAUUAUGAAAAAUCAUGAUUAUUUUUUGAAUUAUGAA